UUUUCUUUUUCUUUAAACCGUAACGAAGAGUUCCCUCUUUUCUUUCCGAAUCUGUGUUCGGCGAGGUGAGACGGUGAGAGUUGCGUCUGCAACCCACCAUCUUCCUCGAAGAAGUCAUCAAUUUCUCAUGCUCGCGAGCCGCGACUCUCUAGGAGGCAUCAUGUGCAGUGCAUGCAUGUGGAUUUCUUCCUCUCCUUUCCUUUCUGACGCGACCUUGGCUCGGUUUCAAUUUCUCUCCCUUUCUGAAGUAUCGAGUUGUUCUCCAGCGGUUCUAAUACAAGUUGCUUCAGAGUAAUCGCCGUACUAAUGUCUGUCUGCCCUCUAAUUGAGGUAAACUUGGAUAAAUCAAACAUUGCCGGUGGCCUUUCUUGCUAAGGAUUAGUUGAACGAUAAGCUAUACAAUUGCAAAGGGCUGAAGGGGAAACCAGGUAUGUCACUUUAAUUAAGUGUUAACUGCAAGUGUUGCAAUUCACUCGUGCUUCUGGAACAGUUUCUUUACUUAUACUGAUUAAUAUCGUAAGGCCAAGAAUAUUAUCAAAGAGUGUGAUUAACCGGGGGGGAGAACUGACAAGUUGAACUGAAAGCUGGGAGACUGGAGGUUGUAAGUAUAUAUAGUGAAGGAAUUUUAUUUGCCGUCCAUAUUUAAAAUAAAGUUUAUUAGUUUCACAAGUUCGUCUUAUGUUGAUUCCUAUUUUUUUCCUUACACCUGUUUCUUGAACAGUUUGGGAACUUCUGAUUGGGAAAAAGUUGAUUGUAGUAAAAUGGAUGAAAAUACUCCAAGUGGUGAGAGUGACGAAUUUGACUGGGACAGCAAUGAUGAAAAUGAAAUUCAGAAAUCACCUUUAUCAUCUUGUUUGAAUUCUUCGAUUACUGGUCGAGAAGAGGGUACAGUCCCCGGGAAGGCUAAUUCGUCAGCAGCAAAUGGCCCUUCUAACUUCAAGCUGAUUCGUCAUUUUGUUGGAAUGGGAUUUUCUGAAAAUUUAGUGGCUAAAGCAAUCAAGGAAAAUGGAGAAGACAAUACGGAGACAAUAUUGGAAGCUCUACUAACAUACGUGGCUCUUGAGAAGUCACCUCCAAAAGACCUAAGUGUUAUAUCUGAUAUUAAUUCUUCAGAUAGUGACGGUGAUUCUAAUAUCCGUUCUAUAGAAAGUGAAGGAGAUUUUCUUGACGAGCUGUCAGAUUGGAGUGGAGAUGAGGAAAACAUGGAUCAUUUGUCUGACAAGGAGAAGAAAUUGUUGCUGUUGGUCGACAUGGGCUACUACAUAGAGGAGGCUUCAGCAGCUAUUGAUAGAUGUGGUCCAGACUCCUCAAUUAUGGAGCUGACUGAUUUCAUAUCCGCUGCUCAAAUGGCAAGGGAAGCUGAUGCUCAAAUGGGGGAGCGGCCUCGUUUACCUCCGGAUGAUCAGCCAGGCCCAAGUCAUAGCCAAAUUGAUCCUCGUAACAAGAAGAGGCAACUCUUUAAUGAUGAGAGGUGGGAAAGGAAAAGGCAAAGGGGGUGUGAAAAGAAAGUCCUGGAUGAUGAUGAGGACACAGUUCGUCUUCCUAACCCAAUGCUAGGAUUUGGGGUCCCUGGCGAACCAGCACUCAUGAUUCAUAGAACGCUUCCAGAAGCUGCCAUUGGGUCACCAUAUUUCUAUUAUGAAAAUGUGGCACUUGCUCCCAAAGGCGUUUGGAGAACGAUUUCACGAUUCUUAUAUGAUAUUGAGCCAGAGUUUGUUGAUUCUCAGCAUCUUUGUGCAACUGCAAGAAAGAGAGGCUAUGUUCACAAUCUCCCAAUCCACAACAGACAUCCUAUUUUACCUCUUCAACCACGUACCAUACAUGAGGCACUUCCCUUAACAAGGAAAUGGUGGCCCGCAUGGGACCGAAGGACUAAGUUAAAUUGCUUACAAACUUGUACCGCAAGUGCCAAGUUAACUGAGAGGAUACGUAGGGCCCUUGAAGGCUGUGAAGGUGUUCCAUCUCUAAAGGUCCAGAAGGAAAUCCUUGAUGAAUGCCGAAAAUGGAAUCUUGUUUGGGUUGGAAGGAAUAAGGUCGCACCUCUUGAGCCUGAUGAGAUUGAAAUGUUACUAGGGUUUCCAAAGAACCACACUAGGGGCGGUGGGAUUAGUAGAACUGAGAGACUUAAAGCAUUGGGUAAUUCAUUUCAGGUUGACACAGUGGCCUAUCAUCUCUCUGUCUUAAAGGAUAUUUUCCCAGGUGGAAUCAACCUCUUGUCACUUUUUUCUGGAAUUGGUGGUGCUGAAGUAGCAUUACAUCGGCUCGGUAUCCCUUUGAAGAAUGUUGUUUCAGUUGAAAUUUCAGAAACUAGCAGAAAUAUUCUGAAGAGCUGGUGGGAGCAAACUAACCAGACAGGUAAACUGAUUGACUUUCCAGAUGUUCAACAAUUGAAUGGUGAUAGAUUAGAGCAGCUGAUUAGCUCAUUUGGUGGCUUCGAUCUUAUUGUUGGUGGGAGCCCAUGCAACAACCUUUCGGGCAGUAACCGGGUGAGCAGAGAUGGGCUUGAGGGCAAACAUUCUUCUUUAUUUUAUGAUUAUUUUCGCAUUCUAGACCUUGUGAAAUGUAUAAUGGGGAAAGAUUAGUGGUUAUCAACUGUGAUCUAAUUAGCUUCAAA